AUGCUUCCGAAGGGCAGACUGAUGGUUUCUUAUAAAGAGAUCGGCGCUGUCGUCGGUUCAGCCACGUGCCCCCAGCCACUCCUCGUCACCCGGGAGCGAUUAAUCGCACGCCCCCGCGCCGCCGACACGAACGCCCGGGAAAAUCGCAACCCUUUCCGCGUCUUAAUUACCACGCCUCGCUUAGGCCGCGCCCUCCCAUUGGCCCACCCCCUGUGCCGUCGCGUCGCCCUCCGUUUUAAUUGGCCGCGUGUAAUUAACGCCGCGCCGCCGCCGAGCGCCACUCGCCGUGGGACGUCGCCCCGUCGCCUAAUU